AUGUAUGGUUCUAUUGAAAGCGACGCGACAGAAGCGGCGCCGACGAGCCGCCGCCGCGCCAGAGGGCUUCUGGCGGUCGUGGUCGCGGCCGCGGCGCUCGCCGGCGCCGCCGCGGCCGUCACCUUCCUAGGCCUUCGCGCGUCGUCGGCCGAGCUCAUCCAAGAGGAGGCUGGCGGUAGGCUCGACGACGCCGCCGGGGGACAGAAAGAUGAUUGUAAGCUGGCGACCGUCGCCGCGGAGAGCGCGAUAAACGGCCGCUUCGUCUGGGCGGGUAACAGUGUGCUAUCCAAGGACGGCAAGACGUUCUUCCACCUAGAAAAAGUUGACGGCAUUUUCCCCCGAGGGGCAGUACUUUGCGUUCGGCCGGACGAUCGCGUCAGGCACCGAGUUCGCAGUCUACAAUACGACGACGGUCGAACCCAUCGAAGACUGGGAGAUUCUCGACGGGGAAAGUGCGCUCUACGGAUUCCGGGGCGACCAGCUGGUGCGUGUUGGAAGGCGCCAACCCGGGUCACGGAACAGCCAGGUCCAGCUCGUCAACAUCGCGACGGAGGAGGACUGCACGCACAUGCCGACGACGGCGCCGACGGUGUCUCCGGCGCCAACGCUCGCGCCCACCCUCGCGCCGACGCCCUACGAGUCGGACGCGGCGCCGGCCCGCGCGGUCCUCCUCCCCGUCGUCGCAGCGCUCGCGGCGGCGGUGAUGUAG